AAGAAAAAGAUAUCCAAAAACCAAAAGAUCAAUAAAAUUCAAUAGCAAAAGAACUUUUAAAGGCAAAACAAUAAGCCUUGAAGAUUAUGCGAAUGGAGUGUUCCAUUCGAUAUCUAGAGCCUUCUUCUUUUGUAUCGAAUGGAAUAUUCUUUUGUGCUGCUAUGGAGAUUCACCAUUAUUGCUCAUAUAAAUCUUAAACGUAGUUCUUUAAUAUAAAUCUUUGUUCUGCAAGAAACUCAAGAAACCAUGGCUCUUGAAACCAUGGCAUUGUCUACAUCUUCUACCAUGUUUUCAUCAGGUGUUGUUGAAGAUGAUGAUAAGAAGAAGCAAGAAGCAUUUGUUUUCCCUAAAUUUGUUUUGAUGGGUCAUAGAGGAUUUGGUAUGAACAUGCUUCAAUCUCCGGAUGAGAAAAUGAAAUUUAUCAAAGAAAAUUCUCUUCUUUCUUUUAAUGUUGCUGCAGAUUUCCCCAUUGACUUCAUUGAGUUUGAUGUCCAGGUAACAAGAGAUGGAUGUCCUGUAAUUUUCCAUGAUAUCUUCAUGUUCACGCAAGAAGAGGGAGUGAUUAUUGAGAAUAGAGUAACGGAAAUGGCUUUACAUGAAUUUCUCUCAUACGGACCACAAAAAGACGGUACAAAUGUAAAGCCUAUGUUUAGGAAGACAAAAGAUGGUCGAAUUUUCGAAUGGAAAGUCGAAAAGGAUGAUCCUUUGUGUACUCUUGAAGAUGCAUUAGUAAAAGUUAAACAGUCGGUAGGAUUCAAUAUCGAGCUCAAAUUCGAUGAUAAUAUUGUGUAUGGAGAAAAGGAGUUAUGUCUAACUCUUGACAACAUCUUGAAGGUUGUAAAUGACCACGCGAAGAACCGACCCAUUAUCUUCUCGAGCUUUCAUCCUGAUGUGGCUCGACUCAUUAGGAAUAUGCAGAUGAUUUAUCCAAAGUUUUACUAUGUUCAGGUAUUCUUCUUAACAAAUGGAGGAUCUGAAAUAUAUAAGGAUGUGAGAAGGAACUCAUUAGACGAGGCCAUUAAGCUUUGCAAAGACAGCGGUUUGCAAGGGAUUGUCUCUGAGGUUAAGGCGAUAUUAAGAACUCCAAACGCAAUCACACGAAUCAAAGAUUCAAACCUUUCUCUUCUAUCUUAUGGCCAGCUCAACAAUGUUGUGGAGGUGGUUUACUUGCAACAUCAUAUGGGUGUGGAGGGAGUGAUUGUUGAUAUAAUUGAGGAUAUCUCUAAAGCCAUCACCAAUAUUAAAGUAAGGAACGAGGAAGAUUGGGAAGAUAAUGGAAGUAAGUCUCUGAUUAUGUUUGGAGAGGAGAAGAAAAAGGUUAAAGUUUCUAUGGAUGAAAUCAAUUUCUUAACUAAGUUCGUACCAAAUAAUAUGGUGCAUAAUUGUUGGACUUGAUAAUAUGUAGCUAGACUCCAGAAUUUGUAAAAAAUAUAAAGUAUUGGUAAAUGAACUAACGAGAAAUUUGAA